AUGCCAAUCACACGUCUCACAAGUAAAGACAUCGGAUACGUUCCCGGGCAACUCCCACCCGGGCCCAAAAAUUCCAUUCUCGAUGUUCCAGGAGUCUACGUUGGCCAAAACACCGUUGGAAAUGAUGGCGAAGACGCCCGUAAAGGCGUUACUGUCAUAUUUCCCCGCCAUCCUGAUGAUAUCACUAUCCCCUGUUACGCGGGGCUCCACACGCUUAAUGGAAAUGGGCAAUUAACUGGAAACUACCAGAUUAAAGAUUGGGGAUAUUCUAAUACCCCAAUCGCAAUAACCAAUUCCCUCUCCCUCGGGACCGUCUACCAAGCUCUCUGGCAACGCGUUCUCGACGUCGCCGCCAAGAAAGAAGCUCCCGCCAAAGAAAUUUCGACAAAUUAUGGUACACCGAUUGUAGGCGAAACGGCCGAUUUUAUCCUCAACGAUAUUUAUAAAUCUCCUUUAACCCUCGAAGAAGUAAAACCUGCAUUUGAGAACGCCAUGACGCAGGGAGAGGUUCAGGAAGGUCAGUAUGGAGGGGGGGCUGGUAUGACUUGUCAUUUGUUUCCUGGGGGAACGGGGACCAGUUCGAGGGUUUUUGGAGAGAUGCCUUGGGAGAAUGGGGAGGGAGAGGGGGAGAAGAAAUUCACCGUGGGUGUGUUGGUGCAGAGUAAUUAUGGACAUUUGAGGGAUUUCAUAGUUGGCGGGGUGCCGAUUGGAAGAUUAUUGUUGAAGGAGAGUAAAGAGUUGGAGGAGAAGGAGAGGGCGAGUGAGAAGAAUGGAAAGAUUGGGGAGGGGAGUAUUAUUAUUGUUUUGACUACCGACGCACCACUCCUCCCUCAUCAACUCAAUCGCGUAGCCCGUCAUUGCGCGGUAGGACUCGCCCAAGUUGGUGGCCAUGGCGUUGGUCGCAAUCAUUCCGGCGACAUAAUUCUCACUCUCUCUACUUGUAACAAACCCACCGAGACAGUCGGCACACCACAAGUUGACGGGCUUUCGAAAAUCGAAAUCAACGAUAUCAAAGUCAUCCGAAAUGAAAGUAUCGAGACACUUUUCCGAGCCGCAAGUGAAGCUACCGAGGAAGCGAUUUUGAAUUCGAUUAUUGGGGGCAGAGACGGGAGAACGGGAGUCGAUGGGUAUAGAUUGGAGGGAAUACCGGUGGGGAAAGUGAGGAAGUUAGUGGAGAAGUAUAGAGUGAAUAUUGAUGAUGAUAGUUGUCUUUCUUCGGGGGAGUAUCUUGCGUUGCCGAAUAAGGGUGCAGAGUAA